UAAAGGUUCCACCCUUAACCCCGUAUGAGAGGUUCUAUAGUUGUGUAAAGGUUCCACCCUUAACAACAUAUGAGAGGUUCUAUAGUGGUGUAAAGGUUCCACCAUUAACCCCGUAUGAGAGGUUCUAUAGUGGUGUAAAGGUUCCACCCCUUUCCGCCCAUUCUUUCAACAAUCAUUGAAGAAUGCUUUAUUUUUAAAAAAGGGUUCUUUGGACUGAAAUCGAGCUGUUAAUGCUACAAAAAAAACUUAAAAACAACUUUCUUAAAAAGAGGCUCUUCAGAAGUAAAUAGUUUUAGAACCUCAGCUCUUUAGGAAGAACCCGUUUGGAACCCUUAUUGUAAGAGUGCAUACUCAAAAUAAGAGUUUGAGAUUUAGUUACGCUUUAAAAACAAAACAGUGUUCCUCUGUUAUUUUAAAUAACUUGACUUCAGUCUGACUUUAAGUGUCUUUUACUAUAAUUUGACGGAAGCUGAUUGGCUGAGAGUUAACGCGACAGUGUGGAGAGGAAAGCUCUCUGAUAGGCUCACCCCAACAUCACAACACUUCCUGUUGAAGAGAGGCCCCGCCCACUCUGAGUGCUGUUUCCUCCUGUUCGGUUUUUGUUUUUUUUGGAACAGGCUGCAUGCCAUUGGAUGUCAGAGCUAAGCCACGCCCACCAAAACAAGAGAUGCAUGUGACAGAAAAACAACCAUUUAUGUCAUAGAAACAAGAGCUCAACAACCAAUCAAAUCCCUUUUUAAGGAGGAUUUGUUCUUCUUUACAGAUUGAGUCAGAAUUUAUGUAGAAAUGUGAACUUUAAGAGAAAUCAUUUACAUAAACGAUCAGUCGUUAGAGACUCUUUCUUUGUUUGCAUUUCUCUGCAUGAUGCUGCAUGUGACGGAUGAAUACAUAUGGAUUAUUAUCAAAGGCUGUGGUGUGAGGCAAUAGAAAAGGUGUUACUGUCAGAAAUGGAGAUGAAAGGGGUGCUGGGGGAUUCCCAAGAGACAAAUCCUAUAUGCUGGAUACUACAUUUCCCACAAUGCAACUGCAUCUUUCAUAGAGUUGCGAAGCGGAUUAUAACGAAUUUACUAGUUGACAUAGAACCUCAAGACUCACUGAAUAAUCAAUACAAGUUUAUGUUCUGAUCACCAGUUUUUAAGAAUUUGUUUCUCAGAAUGGCCGUAAGUUUAACAACAGCUCUAAAUACUACUUUUACCCAUGAGCCUCUGCAACCGCUUCUAUGUCACAAUACUUUCCAAUACAACAGUUUAUUCAUUUAUUUCAACAUUAUAAUCUUUAGCAGCAAACGCAACCACAUUAGAAGCUCUCUGAUUGGACGUUCCCUGCCCAGAUGCACCUUGGGAGCUUUCUUUGUUUUGUUUACACAAGCUUGUACACUUUUGACUUUUCAUUAAAGAACCAGAUUUUCAAUAACAGUUUUUCAUGCCGGUCAAAGCCAAAGAAAGUUGUGUAACAUUGUUCAUGAGAAAACUCUGUUGAGACGAGAUGAGAGCAGCAGACGGGAAUAAUACAGAUGAAGAGAGGAAGUUACAGACGUGAAGCAUGAGAGGUAUGUAGGAUAAGAGUCAAUGAAGAAAAGAAACAGUACAGAAGCAACUUCAGACAGAAGGUCAGCAGGUUAAAGGUGUAGAGCAAACGGAUGACAGGAUGAAGUAACGGUAUUUAGACACAGAAUAGGAUGCAGAAAUCACUCACACGUCAACAUGAUGUAGUCAACUAGAUAUGAUAGACAUGGUUCAUCUUACAGCCUCUUCAUCACAGCCUUUGAAAGAUAACAGGUGUCUCGUUAGUUAGAAAAGAUUAUAUUAUGAUUCUUAUUCUAACAGUAGUGAUGUCAUGAUAUAUCUGCACCACGAUUGGUUGUCCCCGACCCCUCUGCGCCGACAGGACAAGACGAGCGCGCUCAGUCUGAGCAACGUGGCCGGAGUGUUCUACAUCCUGAUCGGAGGGCUGGGGCUCGCCAUGCUCGUGGCUCUGGUCGAGUUCUGCUACAAGUCCCGGAUCGAGUCCCGAAGAAUGAAGGAGCUCAUCGAUGCCGCCAUGACGAGCACCGGAGGAGGAGGAGGCGUGGCGGGCGGUUAUGGAGGAGGAGGAGGAGGAGGAGGAGGAGGAGGAGCUUCGGGGCUCGGAGGAGAGAACGUACGAGUUGUGACCAACGACUUCCCGAAAUCCGGAGCUCAAGGUUUACCCUGCAUGAGCAAAGCUUCCGGCCUGGGACUCUCCUCCACAGGCAUGUGAUCAAAACCAAGACUCCUGAUUGGACGGGACGCUCCUGCCUGUCUGUCUGCCUGCUUACCUGUCUGUCUGUUGCAGAGGGUAAGAAAUAAAGGGGGGAAAGAAAAAGA